CAAUUCCUGCACAGAAGCAAUUCAUUCCUACUGCCCGAGGAACCUUGAAUCACACUGACAGCUUCAGGAGAGUGCCUAGGGAUGGUUGGAGUCCAACAAUAAACAACAUAAGAGAAGGAAAACCAAGCAAUCAAUUAAGGGAUUGUUCUCUUAUAAAUCAUCUCUACAAGGCUGGCAUCCCUGUGGACACUGAACAGAGCAUUUACACGAGCAAACGGACUGCAAUCUGCUUCGUGGUUUGAGUGUUUCAUCACAAAUAUUGUCAGCUGAAGAACCCUUAUUACGAUUGGUUGGAUCUAUUAUCCCUCCCACUCUGCCUUUCCAUCCCCGCUGCUUCCAAACAGACGAAGGUUUCUUGAUGGUGCUGUGGAAGUCAAAAGCAAGAGUUUCCUUCUGUCUGCUGUGAAAGGUUUUGUUUCCACUCAAAAGGGGCAGUGCAGACCAGCCAAAGCUGAGCUCUUAGGAUAAAGCCAAAACAACUGUGUGAUGAACUGAAGCUCUAAGUGCACUAAGCAGCUGGAAGACUGGUAAAAUUAUACACAUACAAACAUAAAUAAAGAUAUGGAUGAGAAGGAGAACAGCACAGGCAGUGUGGGGAGCCUGCAGCCUUCCAGUAUCCACGUUUUUGCCAACACUUCAUCCCUUCAUGGAAUCAGGCAUAUAUUUGUUUAUGGACCAAUGACCAUGCGUCGAUUCAUGUGGACUGUGGUAUUUCUUGGCUCUCUGGGCCUACUUGUGGUGGAGUGCGCAGAGCGGGUGGCAUUUUACUUUUCAUACCCGCACGUUGCCAAGCUGGAAGAGGUAGCCGCAAACAACCUGGUCUUUCCCGCUGUUACUAUCUGCAACUUGAAUGAGUUUCGCUUUUCAAAGCUGACGGUAAAUGAUCUCUACCAUGCUGGUGAACUCCUGGGACUGCUCAAUGUGCACCUAGAGAUCCAGAGCCCCCACAUGGCUGACCCCACUGUGCUGAAAGCUCUUAAGGAGAAGGCUGAUUUCACACAUUACAAACCGAGGGUGUUCAACAUGCGAGAGUUUUAUGACCGAGUUGGCCACAGCCUCAAGGAUAUGAUGCUGUACUGUAAGUUCCGGGGAGUUCGAUGUACUCAUAAAGACUUCAAAACUGUUUUUACCAGAUAUGGGAAGUGCUACAUGUUUAACUCAGGAAGUGAUGACAAGCCUCUACUGACCACCGUGCAAGGGGGCACUGGCAAUGGCCUUGAGAUCAUGUUGGACAUUCAGCAGGAUGACUAUUUGCCAGUUUGGGGUGAAGCUGAAGACACCACAUUUGAAGCUGGGAUACGUGUACAGCUGCACACUCAGUCUGAGCCACCAUUUGUACAUGAGCUGGGAUUUGGAGUCGCGCCAGGAUUCCAAACAUUUGUUUCCACUCAAGAACAACGGCUGAUAUACCUGCCACCACCUUGGGGAGAUUGUCAGUCUUCAGCUGUCAACACAGACUUUUUCCCAAGCUAUAGCAUCACAGCUUGUAGGAUUGACUGUGAAACAAGAUACCUGGUGGAGAACUGCAACUGUCGGAUGGUGCAUAUGCCAGGUGAUGCACACUAUUGCACCCCUGAACAAUACAAGGAAUGUGCGGAGCCAACAUUAGCCUUCCUGGCAAAGAUGAAUAAUAAUUGUCUCUGCAAGACACCGUGUUAUCUAACGCGAUACAACAAGGAGCUGUCCAUGGUAAAGAUUCCAAGCAGGACUUCGGCAAAGUAUCUUGAAAAGAAAUUUAACAAAACUGAAAAAUACAUUUCGGAGAAUAUUUUAGUACUGGACGUAUUCUUUGAAGCAUUGAACUAUGAAACUAUUGAACAGAAGAAAGCAUAUGAAGUGGCAGGCUUACUUGGUGACAUCGGAGGCCAGAUGGGACUGUUUAUUGGUGCUAGCAUUUUAACAAUCUUAGAACUCUUUGAUUACUUGUAUGAGGUCAUGAAGGAUAAGUUAAUGGACCUGACUAGCUUCAAGAAAGGAGAGGAAGAAGGAAGUCACGAUGAUAAUGUGGUAACACUUUCUGUUAACCUGGAUGAGCCACUGAAACAGGACUCAAGCUCUUCCCAGCUGAACUAAUUGUGCCACGAGUCUGCCAAACAUCUUUAUAGGAAAACCGUGUUGUUAUUAUACACCUAACAGAUUUUGUUGAAUGCAUAGUUUAUGCUUUAUUGCAAGAUAAAGACUUGUAAGAUAUCCCUUGUGAAGUACAAUAUACUGUGAAGCUUUCCAGGCAAGACGAGGCGUCCUUUCAGAUUUGGAAAGCGCAGAAAGAAUUUCCUUCUUGUCUGGAGGGCAUUGUGCCUGGUCUGCAAUCUUGACAUUUAAUCAGGGCAUGAGCCAAUCAUUGCCUCAUGUGCUCCAAAAAUUGAAGUUACUAAUUAAGUAAUCUGUAUGGGUAUUUUUUCAACAAAAAGAAACUGAAUAGAUGUGUUUGUGAUGGAAAUGUUUGCUGAGAACAUCACUUCUUCAUUUCUUUUCCUUCCAUGUGACAUUGUGUCACUUUGUUUUGCUUCAUUUAUGGUGCACUCACUGUAGCAAAUCCUUGACAAAGUAAGACGGUAGCUAGCAGCAGCAGAAUGUAGACCAGCAUCGUUCACACAGUAGGAUACCCUGUCCAGCAUUCACCAUACGUGCAGAUCAUUUUCUUAUUCCCAUUGUCACUGUUUAGGUUUUGUAGUACAAUCCACCAGAGAUAAGCAUAAAAGCUGAGUCCACUGCGUUAUGACUUGUACUUCAUUGCAAUCAGCCCAUUCCCUGAUGUUUAUGAUGUGCUGUUUUGAUAUUGAGAAAUAUCGAUUUUCACAAAGUUCACUAAUAUAGUGAAGGAACUUCUUGUCCAGCACUGCCUCCCCCAGACCCAUCCUGUGCUCAAUGAAUUUAUGACACAGAAAUGAACUUGUAAUGUGGAUAAGAGUGUUCCCAAUCAGCAACAUUGCUUUGGUUUCAAGUACAGUGCAAACUCAUGACAAGAGAGUGCUUUGCAUCUAAGUACCAAGCCAUUUUCCGAUCAUCACAAAUCCCAAUCAUGGUGUGAAAGGUUUUAUCAAGUUUUGGCACACUAUGUGGUGAGAUGUACUAGAUGGAGAACAUGUAACACCUUUAAUAAGAUCUGAGAACUUGUUUUUCCCAAAAAGACCUUUCAACAACACAUAAUGUGGCAACAGUGCAAAGUGCUGUGGGCUCCUCACACAGUACAGAACCAGUAGUACUGUGACAGCAGCCAAGAAUAAAGCAGAUGCCUUGUACUGAGUUUAUUGUAUUAUGUUUUCAGUUAUCUAAAAUGUAAUUGAACAGGUCAAGAAAUUUUUAAAAAGUACUGGUUAUAGUUAGAUCAAUACUUCUGAUCUAUAUAAACUUCUAAUUUCAUUUUGUUAAUUUAUUCUCCCCUACAAACCAACAUCUUCUUACAGAGAACCACAAAGAUGAUAUUAGCUGGCACUGAGGUUUGUUCAUUUGAUUUACUUCUUGUGUAUUUAAAAGAAAUGUAGAUGCGUGUCUUAAAUAAAGAGUACAUGAAAUGGAUGCAGUCUAACAAAGAUUUCAGCCCUCCAAGUUGUGUGUCUUUUGCAGCAUUCUAAUAGCAGACUUUUUUUACAUUUAAUGAAAUAUUUCUAAUCUGGAUCAUAGAAAAAUCAUAUGAAGCGAAGAACAUUCUCUUAUUCACAUUAUUGCUGAAACCAACGUGUGCAGUAUUAAUGUCUGAACACUUGACACAACUGUAUUGUAUUACUGUUGUCCACUAUUUUAACUGAAGUGUUCAUCUGUUUAUUGUGAGUGUUCAUACGAUAAUAACACCUGCAGUAAUUUCCUCUCAAAGCUACUCUUUUACUGAGCUUACAAUAUUUUGUAACCACUUUACGUUGGUGUGCAUAUAUUACUAAUGUCUCAUAAUGGUGCUUCAUAGAUAGGUUCAUGUAAUUGUAAAUGUCAGUCAGCUAAUUAAAGGUUUUAAAUGUAGUUUGGUAGAAGGUAUAGCCUGUUUUUGACUCCAAGAGCUUAGGGCUUCACAGCGUCCCAUUUUGAAAGGCACAGUCCCAAUAGAACAGUUCUAAAUUUGACCUCAAAGUACAAAGAAAAAUUGCUGUGGUCACUGCAACAUGUUUAAGAAUCUCUGACCCAGAGGAAAAGACUUUUAAAUGUUAUUACAACCUAUUUCUCUGGUGAAGCUACACAUUUACGUACCACCUUUGAGAUAUGUGAUACUUUCCUGACAAAAUAUAA